UGGCAUUGUUCAAGUACCCACUGGACCAUGGUUUUGCAGAAAAUGUGAAUCUCAGGAGAGAGCAGCCAGAGUGAGAUGUGAACUGUGUCCUCAUAAGGAUGGAGCUUUAAAAAGAACAGAUAAUGGGGGUUGGGCUCAUGUGGUUUGUGCCCUGUAUAUUCCAGAGGUACAAUUUGCCAAUGUUUCUACAAUGGAACCAAUCGUUUUACAGUCUGUGCCACACGAUCGUUAUAAUAAGAAAGGUGAGCAUUAGGUCCAGGAAGGAAUUUGUGAACUUUAUUGGAGUGGAAGCUUGUAUUGUUCACAGUAAAAGAAGUACUCAUUUUAGAAAAUAUCCAUUGAAAAAGUACUUGACUUGCUACAUUUGUGAUGAACAAGGAAGAGAAAGCAAAGCAGCCACUGGAGCUUGUAUGACAUGUAAUAAGCAUGGAUGUCGACAGGCUUUCCAUGUAACAUGUGCUCAGUUUGCCGGGCUCCUUUGUGAAGAAGAAGGUAAUGGUGCAGAUAACGUCCAAUACUGUGGCUACUGUAAAUACCAUUUUAGUAAACUGAAAAAGAGCAAACGGGGAUCUAAUAGGUCAUAUGAUCAAAGUUUAAGUGAUUCUUCCUCUCACUCUCAGGAUAAACAUCAUGAGAAGGAGAAAAAAAAAUAUAAAGAAAAGGACAAACACAAACAAAAACAUAAGAAACAGCCAGAACCAUCCCCUGCAUUGGUUCCAUCCUUAACUGUUACUACAGAAAAAACUUACACAAGCACUAGCAACAACUCUAUAUCUGGAUCUUUGAAGCGUUUAGAAGAUACUACAGCACGAUUUACAAAUGCAAAUUUCCAGGAAGUUUCUGCACACACCUCUAGUGGAAAAGAUGUUUCAGAGGCUAGAGGGCCAGAAGGCAAAGGGAAGAAAUCUUCAGCUCACAGCUCAGGUCAAAGGGGAAGAAAGCCUGGUGGUGGAAGGAAUCCUGGAACGACUGUGUCAGCAGCUAGCCCAUUUCCUCAAGGCAGUUUUUCAGGAACUCCAGGCAGUGUAAAAUCAUCUUCUGGAAGUUCAGUCCAGUCUCCCCAGGAUUUCUUGAGCUUUACAGACUCAGAUCUGCGUAAUGACAGUUAUACUCAUUCCCAACAGUCAUCAUCAACCAAAGAUGUACAUAAAGGAGAGUCUGGAAGCCAGGAAGGGGGGUUGAAUAGUUUUAGUUCCUUAAUUGGUCUCCCUUCGACCUCAGCUAUUAUGUCACAGCCUAAAAGCUUUGAAAAUUCACCUGGAGAUUUGGGUAAUUCCAGCCUUCCUACAGCAGGAUAUAAGCGGGCUCAAACUUCUGGUAUAGAAGAAGAAACUGUAAAGGAAAAGAAAAGAAAAGGAAAUAAACAAAGUAAGCAUGGGCCUGGUAGACCCAAAGGAAAUAAAAAUCAAGAGAAUGUUUCUCAUCUCUCAGUUUCUUCUGCUUCACCAACAUCAUCUGUAGCAUCAGCUGCAGGAAGUGUAACAAGCUCUAGUCUUCAGAAAUCUCCUACAUUGCUCAGGAAUGGAAGUUUACAAAGUCUUAGUGUUGGUUCAUCUCCAGUUGGCUCAGAAAUUUCCAUGCAGUAUCGGCAUGAUGGAGCUUGUCCAACAACUACUUUCUCAGAGUUGCUGAAUGCAAUACACAAUGGUAUUUAUAACAGCAAUGAUGUAGCAGUAUCAUUUCCAAAUGUAGUAUCUGGCUCAGGAUCUAGUACUCCUGUCUCCAGUUCCCAUUUACCUCAGCAGUCUUCUGGGCAUUUGCAACAAGUGGGAGCACUCUCUCCCACAGCUGCAUCAUCAACCACUCCUGCUGUCACUACAACUCAGGCAAAUACCCUACCUGGAUCAUCUCUUAGCCAGCCACCAUCACAUAUGUAUGGCAGUAGAUUAAAUCCAAAUUCAUCAAUGGCAGCUCUUAUAGCCCAGUCUGAAAACAAUCAAACCGAUCAAGAUCUUGGAGACAAUACUCGCAGCCUGGCUGGCAGAGGAAGCUCACCCAGAGGAAGUCUUUCACCCCGGUCUCCUGUAAGCAGCUUACAGAUUCGCUAUGAUCAACCAGGCAACAGCAGUUUGGAAAAUCUGCCUCCAGUAGCAGCCAGCAUAGAACAGCUUUUGGAGAGGCAGUGGAGUGAAGGACAGCAAUUUUUAUUAGAACAGGGUACUCCUAGUGACAUUUUAGGAAUGCUGAAGUCAUUACACCAACUUCAAGUGGAAAAUCGAAGAUUAGAGGAGCAAAUUAAAAAUUUGACUGCCAAAAAGGAACGUCUUCAGUUAUUAAAUGCACAACUUUCAGUGCCUUUUCCAACAAUAACAACAAAUCCUAGCCCGUCUCAUCCAGUGCAUGCAUUUUCAGCACAGACUGCUCCUACUACUGAUUCCUUGAACAGCAGUAAGAGCCCUCAUAUAGGAAACAGUUUUUUACCUGAUAAUUCUCUUCCAGUAUUAAAUCAGGACUUGACCUCCAGUGGACAGAGCACCAGUAGUUCAUCAGCUCUUUCUACCCCACCUCCUGCUGGGCAGAGUCCAGCUCAGCAAGGCUCAGGAGUUAGUGGAGUGCCUGGUGUGACCGUGGGGGCACUAGGUAGCGGAAUGCAGACCGUAACACCCACCAUCCCUGCCGUGUCUGCAGUGGGUGGGAUAAUUGGAGCUUUGCCAGGUAGCCAGCUGGCAAUUAAUGGCAUUGUAGGAGCUUUAAAUGGGGUUAUUCAGACCCCUGUCACAAUAUCCCAGAACCCCACUCCCCUCACUCACACAACUGUACCACCUAAUGCAACACAUCCAAUGCCAGCCACACUGACGAACAGUGCCUCAGGACUAGGAUUACUUUCUGACCAGCAAAGACAAAUACUUAUUCAUCAACAGCAAUUUCAGCAGUUGUUAAAUUCUCAACAACUCACACCAGAACAGCAUCAAGCCUUUCUGUAUCAGUUAAUGCAGCAGCACCACCAGCAGCACCACCAGCCUGAACUACAGCAGCUGCAGAUCCCCGGGCCGACACAAAUACCGAUAAACAACCUUCUUGCAGGUACUCAGGCGCCCCCACUUCACACAGCCACCACCAACCCAUUUCUCAGCAUCCACGGAGACAGUGCAAGUCAGAAAGUAACAAGACUUAGUGAUAAAACUGGGCCUGUAGCUCAAGAGAAAAGUUGACCCUUGGAAAACAUCUAGAAGUCGCCGUCCUGCUGUCCCAGCCCCUCACCUGGCUGCUGUGGCGGUCCUGCCCCUCCCGCUGUGAAGAAACGCAACAAGAAACGAAACGAGCGGCAGAGGGCUCGUUGCCACAAGGACGUGCUUGUGAGGCUUGAACCUGCUGCUUCGUUGCACUGAGAUGGAAUGCCUGUACCCCCACACCCACAAUUUUUGAACUUUUAAAAAAAAUUUAGUAACUAAUGUUUGUCGAUGAAAAAAUUUACACGCAGUGAGUUUUAGCAACCCAAGAAAAGUUCAGUGUGGCUGAUGUACAGCUAGUUUGUUCUCAAUUGGAGAUGAAUAGCAAGACUCGAUCCAUUUACAAACAGUUGGAUUUUAUUGUACAAGUUGGAACAUGAAAUACGAUCUUGUUUGGGUUAUAUAGUAUGUUUGCUCUGUGAGCCAGAUCUUAAAAGCAAAUUUUGAGGAAAUUGUCCACUUCUCCUGGAGUUUUAUUGAUUAAAUAUUG